UCGUGCUGAUAGCAAUUAGGCGAUCUUCAUUACUCAAGUUGGUCAUGGUAUCGAUCAGACUGAAAGGGCAACAUUUCUGUGGAGGCACCAUCCUUGCUCAACGUUGGAUUUUGACUGCGGGCCACUGUGUUAACCGAUAUUCUGCUAACCAAUUUAUGGUUCGGGUUGGUGAACAUCAAUUGUCCAGAGUUGAAAAUCAUGCAACACAAGAUAUCCCUAUCAAACAAUACAUUAUUCAUCCAAACUAUUCCAUACCGAUACGACACUUUAAUGACAUUGCCUUAUUGGAGCUAGCGGAGGAUAUUGAGUUCAACGAUUAUGCCUGGUCUGCUUGCCUUCCAGAGGAUUCUGCGGGUUCUUACAAAGAUGAAGAAGCAACUGUAAUAGGCUGGGGCAUUUUGGAGAAGUCUGGUAGAAGACGUGGAGACAUACUUCAGAAAGCCAAAGUGCCAGUAAUAGACUACCUUCAGUGUCAGAGCUGGUACAGAAAGGCACAGAAAAUAGUAUUUUUUCAAAGAGGACAAAUGUGUGCCGGUUAUGAAUAUGGAGGAAAAGAUGCUUGUCUGGGAGAUUCUGGUGGCCCCCUGUUUAUGAAAGAAAAUAACAAGUUUAUCGUGAUCGGAGUGGUUUCAGCAGGAAUCGGCUGUGCUCGAGAGUUUCUUCCGGGUCUUUAUACGGAAGUUGCAAGUUACCGGUCAUGGAUUCUUCAGUACAUCAACAACAUUUAA